AUGUGGGCAUUUCUCUUCCUAUGGGGUAUUCUUACUUGUGUGACAUUUCUAUUAGUUCUCGGCCGAUGUACCGGCUUGAUCUACAUCGUGUUUUGUACACCGAUUGCACUGACAUUUUUAUAUUUUAUAUUCAAAAAUGAUACAUAUUACUCUAAUGAUAACACUGUCGAAUUUUUCACUAAUUUUCGCGUUGGCGGCCAUCGGGGCUCUCCAGUUCACGCGCCCGAAAACACCAUCGAAAGUUUUAAGAAGGCAAAAGAAGAAGGAUGCCAACUAGUCGAGUUCGACAUCCACAUGUCCGCAGAUGGGAUUCCUUUAUUGAUGCAUGAUGAGACGACAGGACGGACCGGAAAAACGAAUAUUGUUAUUUCAAGUACCCCAUGGAAGGAUAUCGAGAGGGUCCAACUCAAUCAAGUCAAUGGUGUUUCUGCGAAUGAUAUGAAGAAUGAUAACCUUAAACUAAUUUUAAAAGUCGCCGAGGAAAUCGGGUCUCGAAGGAUUUACAAUAAAGUCAUGGUGAGCAGUUUCAAUCCAAUGAUUCCGUAUCGAUUGAAAAAAAUUGAUCCGAAAAUUAUUACUGGACUAACCCUAGAUCGAUCCUACUAUUCAUUCAGUGACGAUGAAAGGAAAAAACCGUUCACUGUGAAUGUAUUCUAUCACUGGUUUAACGAAGUGCUGGAUGAAAUUAAUAUGCUAGUCAGUCCAACUUACAUUCUACCCAGAUUCCUCGGUGUCGAUGUGCUAAUGCUAAGCUAUAAGCUAAUAUCUGAGAAUAUUGUUCGAGAGUCUCACGAAAAAGGCUUCUCUGUAAUUGCUUGGACCGUCAAUGACAAGGAUUACAUGAAGCUGGUCACCAAGCUGAGAGUGCCAUUUCUCACCGAUGUCGCUUAUGAAGUCAGAAGCCAAGAUCUCAACGCUGGAAGUUCUGAAAUCGUCGUAUCGUCCUAA